AUGGCCGUGCAGCGACUGGCAGGUGGCGAAUUGCAGGCGGAGCUGUUGCCAGCCCACAAGGGAUGCAAGAGUCUUUGGCCGGUGGUGAUGGCAAUCCUAUUGGCUGACCUAGUGGCCUCGGGUUUGCUGGUGGUGGGGCGCCUGGCAAUGAACGGGAAAGCUGGCCUGCAGCCCGUGGUCUUCUCUUGGUAUCGCUACCUCGGAUCAGGCCUCAUCAUGCAGCUUUGGCUAUGGGCGUCGAGCGGCAAGACGCCCCUGCAGUCCUUGCCGCAGAGGAAAGAUGCUUGGAAGUUUCUCGUCUACGGGACAUGCCAUGCCAUGGGGCAGGUGCUGCUUUUCAGGGCAUUGAAGCUGCUGCCUGCUAUCGUCCCAAGCGUCUGGAAGAACUCGGUGCCCGUCUUCGUGUGCGCGCUCUCCUCUUGCGUGGGACUUGAGCAGCUUUCGCCCCACAGCCGGGCAGCAAAGCUGAAGCUUCUGGGCAUCGGCCUGUCCGUGGUUGGAGGGGCAAUAUAUGUGUGGUUGAGCUUUGUCUGGAGCACAGGUCAUCCUAAAGUGGUGCCAGGUAGCGAUGUGCCACUUGGGCAGACCCUCAUGCUGUGCAGCACGCUUGCUGUGUCCUCAUGUUGGGUGAUGCAGAAGGUGUGUCUAAACUGCAGCCCAAGCUCUCUAUACACAGUGGCUUGGGGUGUGACUUUUGCCCUAGUUCCGCUAAGCCUGGCGGCAUUGCCACAGCUUUCCUUGGAAGCCUUGCAGCUCUCGGGGGCCCAGUUGGUCUAUGUGGCCUAUGCCAUGCUGCUACCUUCUACACUGGGCUUUUUGAUGCAGGCUUGGGCCAUGCGCCACAGCAGCCCGGCCUUCGUGCUGGCCUUCGACCCUUUGGGCUCUGUCAUCACUGCCCUCGUGGCCUGGGCAGCACUGGGCGAAGUCCCCUCCGCGGCGACCCUGGCCAGUGCACCCGUCAUCAUGCUGGGCCUCGCAGUCCUGUUGCUCGGCUCACGCUCGCAGCUUGCAGAUCCUCCCCAGGCUCCUUCACUGUCCGGCAUGCUGCAGCACAGAGAUGCUGAAGGUGACGACGCACCUGAGGAGCCAGAAGACCCCGAAUCGGAGAGCCCUACGCGAGCCUACGUGCGGUCGGGAGCGGUGCCGCAGUGA